AUGGACGUAGAUGCGCAGGCCAGCGCUCCGGCCAGCCCCGUCGACGCCUCGCUGCCUGCCCCUUCCUCACCGCAGGCCCGGCGCUCGGCAAAGCCGUCGGCCUCUCGCCUGCCGGCAGGCUCGGACCCGAACCUGCUCGCCUCUCUCCCCGUCUACCUGUCCGCGUCUCUGCCGCAGUCCUCGCGCCUCUCGCUCUUCCAGUAUCCCACGUACCCACGCGGCAGCCCGCUGCCAGUGCCUGACUCGGCACGGUCACGUGGACUGCGCGAGGCAGCGCGCUGGCGGCCCAAGGCGGACCGGGUGGAGGUUGAGCUGCCGCUAGACGUGCGGCAGACCGUCUACAACCUCGAAAAGGGACAGGAGAUGGCGCGGGGCGCAGAGCACGGCGGCACGUUCGGCGAGAAGAAGGUCAAGAAGGAGCCAGGCAGCAGCAGAAGGGACCGCGAGCGCGAGAAGGAGAAGGACAAGGCGCCCAAGCGCCUGGAGAAGACUCGGCUCGAGAGUCAGCUGGUGCCGAACCAGACGCGCUACUUCGUCGGCGUCAUUCGCGACGGCGCACUGCACCUGACGCCGCUGGACUCGGUGCAGCAGAUGCGCCCUUCGCUGCACUAUCUCGACGGCAUCGACACGCUCGAGCUCGCCGAGAAGAGGCGCUCCAAGGCCGGCUCAGACUCCGGAUCGGGCUCGGAAGACGAAGGCGGCGCUGCUGCAGCUGCCGCCGCGGCCGCCGCGACCAAGAAAAAGGGCACGCUCAACGUCGUCGUCGGCAUGGGUCCAAAGGACCAGAAGGACGGCCUGAUGCAGAGCCAGCGCGAUGCCGAGGCGGAGAAGUGGAUCGAGCUGGAGUGGCGCAACAGCCUUAGCGACGAGGCCAGCAAGACGUUCGAGUCGCAGCUCUUCGCAAGCACCAAGGUGCCGCUCACCUGCACCACCAGGAUGCGCGAGUUCCUGCCGGCAAUCUGA